AUGUCAGCUUUUAAGACUUUAAUGAAAAUGCCAUAAACUAAAUUAGCAUCUAAAUGUAUAGCCUUAGAAGAAUUGUUAUAGCGUUAUUAUUAGUUUGAAGAAGUUCAUUAUGAUUUAUAAAGCAAAUACUAAAUUCUUUAAGAAAAAUUUGAGAAGCUUAGUCAAUAGCAUAUAUAAUUAAUGCAAAGUAUUUAAAAUGAUAAAGAUUCUAUUUCUCAAAAGAGUUAUAAAAAAUUAGAUUCUUACCUUAAUUGUGCAGAGAAAAUAGAGUUAUGUGCUAUUGAAGAUCUCGAAACACAAAAAUUAAUUGAAGAAUUGAAGUAAUAAAAUUAAAAAAUGAAGGAAGAAGUCUCUUAAAGUAAAUAAGAAUAUCAAAGAUUAUAAUCAAUGUAUUUUUAUUACUAUCUAGAUUUGAAUAAACUUAGACAGAAUUACUGAGAUCUGCAUCUGUAAAAACGGCUUCAGAUUCUAAAUAUAAUUCUCUUAUUGAUGAUAAAAGUAAUGAUUCUAUUUAAUCUUAUAAAAAUGAAAUUGCCAGAUUAAAUAAAAUAGUAAUUUUUCUUAUUUAGUGUAGGUAACAUCUUUGAGAGUUGAAUUAUGUCAAUAUAAAACAAGAGAAUAUGAUGAAGAGUGGAUGAAGGCUUAGCUUAUUAAAUAUUAAAAAUAAUCUUAAUUAUCAAGCAAUAAUAAUAAAUCUUUUGACAUUCUUGAUUAUGUUGAUAAUUGA